AUGGAUAUAGUUCGAACACUUAUGAUUUUGCUUAGCCUAUCGUUUGUUCGAGCUUCAUCAAGUUCAAUAGGAUCAGAAUUCGAAUCUUCACUCUCCUGUUCAAAAUUUCAUUUUGAAGAAAAAGUACUUGAAAAACUUGUGCGGCUGGAAAUUAAAGUGGACAUGUGGGAAAAGUCAAUAACUUCUAAAUUGGACGAAAUGAACAAUAUUAAGAAACAAACAGAGAAAUUUGUUCAAUCAGUACAAGAUGCUCAGAUACAGGAUCAAAAGAGAUUUAAUAAAUCGUUCCAGGAAACUGUGGAACAUUUUAAAACCCAGGUCGUCAACAAAACUGAAAUUUAUGGAGACCAGAUGAAUGCUUUGCUGGGAUCUCUGUCUUCGAAAAUGGAGGUAUUCACUGAAGCUGAGAAGAAAAGGAAAAGUAUUACAGAGCUAAUGAUGAGCAGUCUUGACAGAGAACGGGAACAAUUCAAUUCCUCGUAUGAUCAAAUUGUGGAAAACUUUAAAACUACCUCUAGCAAGACGUUACAGGAGUUAAUUGUAAAUCAACAAAAAGGUUAUGACGACUUGGUGAAGAAACGAGACCCUAUUGGUUUCUCGGCUUAUCGGACAAGUUCACAAACUGUUUCAAGCAACACAAAAGUGAAAUUUGAUAAAGUCUGGACCAAUGUAGGAAAUGGAUAUGAUCCAAAUACAGGAAUAUUUACAGCUCCAAGGGCAGGACUUUAUCAUAUUACUGCCGUGAUUCUGUCACAGUCUGGGGCUAACUUUUAUCCUAAACUUUAUCACAAUAAGGUGCAAGUAUCUGGAAGUUAUAUCACUGGUGACGGUGACAAAACUGGGACAUUCGAUGCUGUAUUUAGUCUACAGAAGGCAGACGAAGUAUACAUUGUGGGACAUAGUACUUACACAAUCUAUAGUGACGGCUUUGCACAUGCUACAUUUUCUGGGCAUAUUAUUGCGUAG